AGGACGUGAAGAAGUGCGGAAGUAGCUUCUCUGUCAAAUAUCUAAACAUUGCUGCUCCUCAGCAGAGGAGAGAGCUCUGAUCAGCUCCGGCCCCCCCUCGGCUGCAGCAGAGACACAGACGCAGAUCUGGGAGCCGUGUGAGAGGGGAAGAUGCUGCAGGAGUCGUCAGUGGACAGCAGCGGUACCAGGUUCUCUCCUCUGGUGGUGGUGGAGCUGGCCUCUGACACCAACGAGGAGACCAUCGCCUGGCUGCUGAGCAGGAUCAGAGACACUCAGCAGAAUGGAGGUGCCGAGCUGCUGGUGGAGCAGAUUGGUCCUGGAGUUGACGCUGAGGAGAAGGAAAACCCCAACGUGUUCCUGAUAGGGGCGUCAUGGCAGAGGAUGCUAGCCGGUGCGGAGGAAAUCGGCCUCUUCAGGGAGUACAAAGACGGAUCCAUGAGAGGCUUCACCUGCGCUAACAAACACAACUUUAAAGACUUCAGAGGGGAUGGAGACAGCUUCCUCAGUAUGGCUGAGUGUCAGUACAUCAUCAAGCAUGAGCUGGACACUCUGAGAGCCAAAGAUGAAACUCAUGUACCAGGACAUGAAUCAGCCAAGCUUUAUCCUGGGAAAUCUAUCGUUCGCAGGCUGCAGUCCAAAGGAAUCCUGGUCCAAAUUUUUCCUCUCCAUGAGAAGGAGGAGCUCAAGAGACUUUCCUUUUCUUGGUACAAGAAGGUGAAGUUGUCCCUGCAGCCACUCGAUGAUAUCAGACACUACUUUGGCGAGGGUCAGGCCCUCUACUUUGGCUUCCUGGAGUACUUUACCUUUGCCCUGAUGCCUAUGGCUCUCAUUGGUGUGCCUUACUACCUGUUUGCCUGGGAGGACUACGAUAAAUACGUCAUCUUUGCUGCGUUCAACCUGGUGUGGUGCACUGUUAUCCUGGAGUUUUGGAAGCGUUGCAGCGCCUCGCUCGCCUACCAAUGGGGCACGCUGAGCAGGAAGAAGGCCUUUGAAGAACCUCGGCCUGGUUUCCAUGGCGUCCUCGGGUUCAACCCUGUAACGGGCCGCGAGGAGCCGGUCUAUCCCACGGCCAAGAGACAUCUGAGAAUCUACCUUGUGUCUGUGCCCUUCGUCCUGCUCUGCCUCUACAUAUCCCUCUACAUCAUGAUGAUCUACUUCCAGAUGGAGGGAUGGGCGCUGAAGCUUCAUGAUGAGGAACCCACUUUUUGGACAGAAAUUCUGUUAUACAUCCCCAGUGUCAUCUAUGCCGUGGUCAUAGAGAUCAUGAACAUCAUCUACAGAUACGCCGCUGAGUUCCUCACAGAGUGGGAGAAUCACAGGCUGGAGUCUUCAUAUCAGAAUCACUUGGUCCUCAAAGUAUUAGUGUUCAACUUCUUCAACUGUUUCGCUUCACUCUUCUACAUCGCCUUUGUGAUGCAUGACAUGGCGCUGCUCAGACAGAGUCUGGCCACUUUGCUGAUCACCAGUCAGAUCCUGAAUCAGGUCAUGGAGGCCUUCCUGCCCUACUGGCUCCAGAGGAGACGUAACAAGAAGAUGAUCCGCAAAGUCCAGAAGAGACAAACUCUGGAUGAUAAAGAGCUUCCCGUGGUUGAUCAGGUCCGACUGGAGGCUGACAUGAGCACUUACUUGGGUACGUUUGAUGACUACCUGGAGUUGUUUCUGCUGUUUGGCUAUGUCAGUCUGUUCUCCUGUGUCUAUCCUCUGGCUGCCGUCCUGGUGGUGUUAAACAACAUCACUGAGGUCUACUCUGAUGCCUUCAAGAUGUGUCGAGUGUUCAAACGGCCCUUCUCUGACCCAGCAUCAAAUAUAGGAGUCUGGCAGCUCGCCUUUGAGGCCAUGAGUGUGAUCGCUGUUGUGACCAACUGUGCGCUGAUCGGCAUGUCUCCACAAGUGAAGGCUUACUUCGAAGAGUCGGAGGAACAGCUUAUAUUCUGGACAGUGGCUGUGGAGCAUGGGCUGCUGGCCCUCAAGUUCAUCCUGACCUUCAUUAUCCCAGAUGUUCCCAAACACAUCCAGAUCAAACUGGCCCGUCUGGAAUUUGAAUCACUGGAAGCGCUCAAGAAGAAGAAAAUGCUGGAAGCCUCGGAGCUCAGCAAGAGCGCUCAGUGAGGACGACAGGAGGCCGUACUGAUACUGACUGACCGCCACGACUUCACUCUUCGUUCUGUUGUUUACACCCCUGUGCUGACACACAGAUCACGUACGUUUAUGUAUUAAGACAAAAGCAGGUGUUAUUUUUUCCAUUUUUCAUGCUAUUUAUGUGAAAUAUUUCCCAUCGAGCACUAAAGGGGAGGAAGUGUUUGACUGUUGACAGAGGAGAGGAGCAGACGGCCGUGUCAGACACACAGCCAUGUUUUCUUUAAUGAAAUGUACUGUAAUACGGUUUAUUUUAAAGUGGUGGAAACAGGGAUGCUUGGUGGGAUUAAAUGGGAUUAACUUUGUUUAGAAUCACAGAAGAAUGCUGAAUUAUGAUUGACUAUACUGUACCAAAUAUAGAGUUAAUAUCAGGGAGUGUACUGUAGAUGGGACGAGUUUGUUCUAGUCACUUUGGGUUCUUAAAGUACUGUGGUGGUUUGGGAUUAUGGAAAUUUAAAACUUUGUUCACCUAAAAUCAUGAGUUCUUACUCCACAGAUUGGUGUAUACAACAUAAACUUACCUCUCUAACAUCCUGUCUAGUUACACAACUAGUUAAAUGACAAAAGUAACUGUGCUGACUGUCCUUCAGUAUUAAAGCUGCUCAUUACACAACACACGCUUGGCUGAAGUUCUGCACUCCAAGUAAAGCAUGACGGCCCGAAAGAUUUCAGUCCUAGCAAAGCCUGAUUGUGAAUUUUAAUCACUACUACAUACCUACCAUUAAAUAUUUAAUGAUGCUAUAUCAGUGGAGUGACCUGCAGAGGUUUCUCUUAGAUAAACAGAAAAUAACAAGAAGACUGACAGCCUGAUUCACUAAGAACAGAUUGCAGCUGCUAGUGGCUCCAAAAAGUGUGCCUCAUUUGGUCCCAGUAUCCGUCUGUCUCAGUCGAAUUCACAGAGCAUGUAGCAUCAAUGACACAGAGGCCAGAGCACAACCGCACAUCUGUCCUCCUCACUGCAGAUGGCUUGUUUUCUUGUCUGAAUGUGUAGAGAAGAUGUUUGCACCUUUAGUCUGCUUAGAAAAGAGCUCUCCUGCUGACAGAUGCUCAGCUCUGUUCCGCAGUAAGAUGAUGAGUAAGGAGGGGAAAAAAUUUCAAGUUUAUUGAGUGGCCAAUCCCAAAAAAUGUUUUUAAAGUGAUUUAUUAUUUCAGUGACAAGCAACCUAGCGAGCUCCAAUGACUAAUGCAACUCUCAUUUAAAGGUUAAAGGUCACAACUGGUCGCAAAAGAUUUAAGCUACUGAGUCAAAGUGUGGCGGGACAAGCCAGAUAACAGCACCCUAAAUAAAGGUGCCAGAGGCCAGGGACCCUUCAUUGUACCUGAAGGUGGUUGAACAGUGGAGCUGAACGAUUUGCAAGAAUAAUCUGAUUGCGAUUUUUUCCUAAAUAUUGCAAUUG